ACGAUCUUCCCAUUUUGCCAUUUCUUCUGAGUUCUGAUACAACGUCUCUACUCGCCGGGUCAACUGAAAACUCUCAACCCUGAAAGUAACCCUCUCUUGUCCUCAAAUUAUUAAAACCAUUUAAAACCCUAACAUCGUUCUCGUUUUCAUCGACCCUCGCCCUCGCCAUCUCUCUCUCUCUCUCGCUUGAUCUCAUGGCCUCCAUUUCCAAGCUCGCAAAUCCAACUUUUGCUUCCUCAUCAUCUUCUCCCAGGUUUAGAUCCUCCGAAUCAAGACCUCUGGUCGCUUUCCACGCUCGAUCUCUCGUUAACAGAGGGUUCUCAUCGUCUAAACUAACGAUUCGAAGAGAUCAUGUCGAAAGGAGGCCGUUGGUAGUUAGAUGUUCUCAAAUUGAUGGAAAUGGGGCCCAAAUAAAAAGAACCACACUUCAUGAUCUCUAUGAGCUGCAAGGGCAGAGCCCUUGGUACGAUAAUCUAUGCCGUCCUGUCACAGAUUUGCUACCACUGAUUGCAAGUGGAGUUAGAGGUGUCACCAGCAACCCAGCGAUUUUCCAGAAAGCUAUAUCAACAUCAAAUGCCUACAAUGAGCAAUUCAGAGAGCUUGUACAAGCAGGAAAAGACAUUGAAAGUGCAUACUGGGAACUCGUGGUAAAGGACAUUCAAGAUGCAUGCAAACUUUUCGAGCCGAUCUAUGAUCAAACUGAUGCAGCUGAUGGCUAUGUCUCUGUUGAAGUUUCUCCUAAACUUGCUGAUGAUACAAAAGGUACUGUUGAAGCUGCAAAAUGGCUUCAUAAGGUUGUUGACCGCCCCAAUGUAUAUAUAAAGAUCCCUGCUACAGCAGAAUGUGUCCCUUCUGUCAAGGAGGUUAUUUCACUUGGUAUAAGUGUCAAUGUAACUCUCAUAUUCUCUCUCUCCCGAUAUGAAGCAGUAAUUGAUGCUUACUUGGAUGGCCUUGAAUCUUCUGGACUGAGUGACCUUUCUAGGGUUACAAGUGUAGCUUCCUUCUUUGUCAGUCGUGUAGACACCCUUGUGGACAAGUUGCUUGAGAAGAUAGGAACCCCAGAGGCUCUUAACCUCCGAGGGAAGGCUGCAGUAGCUCAGGCAGUGCUGGCAUACAAGCUUUACCAGAAGAAGUUCUCUGGUCCACGAUGGGAGGCUCUGGUCAAGAAAGGUGCCAAGAAGCAGAGGGUCCUCUGGGCAUCAACAAGUGUUAAGAAUCCAGCCUACCCUGACACCUUAUAUGUCGAUCCUCUUAUAGGACCAGACACGGUCUCAACCAUGCCUGACCAAGCUCUCCAAGCAUUUAUCGACCAUGGUACUGCAUCAAGGACAAUUGACUCCAACAUUUCAGAGGCUGAAGGCAUAUAUAGUGCACUUGAGAAGUUGGGGAUUGACUGGAACGAGGUAGGGUCACAGCUGGAACUUGAAGGGGUAGAGUCCUUCAAGAAGAGCUUUGACAGCCUGCUUAACACCCUGCAGGAGAAGGCAAAUUCCCUUAACUUAGUAAGUCUGUGAGUCUAGGUAUAUUCAGAACACCGUGGAAGUGACUACAAUAAAGAUGUUUUGAUUUCUUCAGCUGUAAAUACAGGUAAUUGGUGCUGCGAUGGUUGUGUUUAUUGUUAAUUGAGGUAUUGUGAGUUUUCACCUAGGCCUUUAAGCACUUAGAGAUGUAAAUGGGUGAAUAAAAUCAAGUUGAUCUU